CCUUGAGCGUAACGUACUCAGCUGCGCAGUUAAAAAUCCUGAGUUGGAAGUUCGAAUGUAAUGUGCGUUUAGUGUGCAUGUGGAAGCAUUGGGACUUCCGUGGGGUCCCGACACGCAACUUCCAGACUACCGGAGUACCACACUAUUCAAGUUCUGCACUACAGAGUGAAGAUUCCACGAUUAACUGCUUGUAGAAUUAAAUUAUAAGUCUGCAUUUUAAAUUAACAAGUUUCAACAGUAACGCGAUUGCUUUGGCAGAGCCAUAACAGGAAGACAAAAAGACUCAGGUGAUUGCUGGUCACAAAUCCAUUCUGUUGGCAGAUAAAAGAACAAACCUCCUACACCCUCAAAGCAAUGACUAUGUGAUGAGCGCCACCAGUAGACAUUUGACCUUGGGGGCGGGUAAAGAUAACUUGCGACAGUCUGCUGGAUACUUUGCUGCCUGUAUUCAAACAAAAUUACUGGUCUUGACAGUCUGCUUCCUUUUAUCAAGAUAAUUUAAUAGUAUGAACAAGCAGAAUGGGACAUCCUAAACAAGUUCCUUCAGCAACAUGGCUUCAAGCCAGUCCAGCUUGCAGACCCACAAACAAGUAAAAACCAGAGAGAUGUGAUUGUUCUGGACAAACAAUCAGCCGUGGAAAUAAGAAAGAUGGUGGAGACCCUAAUGAAAGAUACAGAACGACGACAGGCUUUAAUCUGCGAUCUUAUACAGUCUAACAAGGAACUGAAGAAUGACCUCUGCCAACAGCAGAGUAAAACCUCUUCCAAAGAACAGUCUCCGUCUGACCUGGAGCAAGUUCAUGAUGCUGUUGAAUUGAAAAUUCAGAAGGUGAAGGGUGACUAUUUUGCAAAGUGUUGUCAACUGCAGAAGCAAGUUGAGCAACUGCAGCAUAAUAAACAAGAUAUGCAGGUACAGCUUCAUCAGUUCAAACAAAAAUUACAUGAGCAAGAGAAGAUUAUUGUGCGAUUGCAGAAAAAGUUGUACAUGGUCGUGACUGAGGAAGAACAGCGCAUUGAAAGACAGAAUAAAGUGUUUCUUCAGUUUCAUAAGCAAGCCGCCAGAGCACAUACUAUACCCAAUCAACAGUUGCGUGAUGUAAUCGAUGCUUAUGAAUCCCAAAUCCACUGCUUGCAGAAGGAGUUGAGUACUCAGAAAAAUAAAAUUGAAGAUGUUCCUAGAGAAAGAAAAGAGCAACUAGGAAACAAUAGAAAGCAGAAAUAUUCAGUUCUAGAUGAAAUUCCAGAAGGCAAGGUACUGGUAAAGGCCUAUGAAGACUAUUUAAAAGAAACAAGGUCCAGGAACCAUCAUGUUUUGCAGAAAAAUCAAAAUCUUAAACAAGUUCUAAACAGCUUUUCAGGUAGCGGCUGCCGAGGUGGGAAUGAUGAAGAAUUUAUUAAUAUCAAAGUCGAAGACAUGGAUUGCAUGCAGGAAGCCACCUGUAAAAGAUUGCUAAAGAAUAUUUGCAAAGAAGUGGAAGUUACCGAUGUAAAUGACCUUCUACCAACUGUUUACGAGAGGUCUAGGUUAGCAGCAGCUCACCCCAAACUACAGAAGAUUUUAAAUGAUCUCAACUCCCUUGUAAGCAGUGAACAUGAUCCAACUAAGAUUUAUAAACUGAGGCAAAAGUUUCUUCCACAACCCCAUGCAGAAGCUAUUCCAGAUGAUAUUUUGGUGUAUAUGCCCCUUGUUGGUACUAUAGAAGUGUGGGCUGAACAAUUAAUUGCACUGAAGGGCUUGUAUGGAUCUUUAAAAAAGUUGUCAAAAUUGAUAUGUGGAAAAUCUAUGGAUAUGUGUAACUCAAGUGGUGAAGUCAGGGUUGAGGACUUGCAGUUGAUAGUGGAUGCAAUUAUGGGCGAUCUUGGAAAUAAGCAUGAAAAGACUGCAUUAGAAGGGUGUAAGCGUGCUUCACUACAAACGCUGAAGGCUAUUGUAUCCCAUUUCCAGAUACUGUUUGAUGUGAGUUCUCUCAGUGGAGUCUAUACUAGAAUGAAUGAAGUAUACUCUAAGCUUGGUGAAAUGAGCAAUGCUAUGAGAAACCUCCGACAAGUUUUGGGGUUAGCUGAAUCCACUCCUCCGAGUGUGUUAGUGAAUAUGAUUGGAAAACUGUGCAGCUCUGUCAAUGCUGACACCUGUAGACAAGUGCAGCAACUCCUGGGUACCCAGGAUGUAGACAGCAUAAUCACUAAAUUGGAAGAACAUGAAGAAUUCUUUCCAGCAUUCCACACAGUUUUUCAGAACUUGCUGCAGAUAUUGGAGGUAGACAGUAUGGAUCAUAUUUUACCAGCAGUCUGUGCACUAAAGUUGAAAACCAGAUAACAGACCUCAGAAUUCCAUGCAUUUCUACUGGAAGUAUUUGUUAGCUGGUGCUUAUGCAAAUGUUUAUUUUUGCAAUAGUGUACAUUUUAUCUAUUUAUAAUCUGUAUGAAUUUCUAUUUUUGGAUAUCCUUCAAUUAAAUUUAUUUUAAAUAUCUUAA